AUGACUGCUUAUUUUCUCAAAUCGUUUUAUUUUCUUCUUCUUCUUUCUUUGCUUGCCUCACGAAUUAUUGCCACAUUGAAAAACUCAAGCGAAAGUGGUGAAGCAAAGUGCAUAGAGAAGGAGAGACAAGCACUCCUCAGCUUUAAAGAAGGCCUCAUAGAUAACUUUGGCAUUCUCUCCACUUGGAUCAAUAAUACAGAUUGCUGCAAAUGGAAACGAAUUCAAUGCAAUAGUCAUACUGGUCAUGUACAACUACUACAUCUUCAUGGAAACUAUCCCUAUACACCGUAUUUGGGAGGUGAAAUCAAUGUCUCUUCAUUGAUUCACUUGCCAUAUAUUCAACAUAUUGAUCUCAGCCGUAAUUAUUUUGCAUUAAGUUACAUCCCAGAGUUAAUGGGCUCCAUCACCAACUUAAGAUAUCUCGAUCUCUUCCAUUCUUGUUUUUCGGGGAGGAUUCCUUCAACACUUGGAAAUCUCUUACUGCUACGCUAUCUAAAUCUUGGGGAAAAUUUUCUUUGGGGAAAAAUUCCCAUUGAGAUAGGGAAUAUCAAACACUUACAGUAUCUCGAUCUUGGUCUAUACUAUCUUUCCGGAAAAAUCCCAUCUCAAAUUGGAAAUAUCAGAAUGCUACAACAUCUCAGUCUUGGAAGUAAUACUCCUCCAUAUGGAUGGAAAAGGCGAAAUGAUAUUUCAAAUUCCCUCUCUGGAGCAAUCCCUUUUCGCAUAGGUAAUCUUCCAUUAUUGCAUACUCUACAACUAGUUGGCAAUUUUGAGAUAAAAGUUGAGGAUGCACAGUGGUUGUCUACUCUUCAUUCCUAA